AUGGCGCCUGCCUCGACGCAGUUGGUAGGCAUUGCUACUGGCAAUGUGUACAUGGCGACAGCGUCCGGCCCUGUCGCAAAGUUCCCGCGCGUGCCCGCUCGGCUGUGGCGAUCUUUCUGGAAGAUCUCCAAUCUGGCACCGCCAGUGAAGACACAAUGCGCCAGCACAAAGAAGUUGUGA